AUGACGUCCGUCCCGUUGCUCAAGGUUGACGCUUCGGCUGCCCCUGCGCCAGCGAAGCUGGAGUCGAACCUGCGGUGCAACGACAAAUACGUCAUCGUCUACGACUUUUCAGACAUUGACUAUGAUGCCGCGGUCAAGGAGUUUCGAGAGCUCCUCCAAGACCUCGAGGAGGCUGGCCUCCACACCGAAGUACGCCCCGGAUACGACCGCUCGAUUUUGGUCUUUGUCAAGGCCCCGCGACAGUUGCUCGGAAACUCGGUCUACAAAGAGAGAGUAAAGGACUGGCUCUACUCGGUCACGCAGGUCCACCCCGGUGGCGAUAAGGACUCGGUGGUCUCCGGCCGGUUCGAGGCGGAAGAGCUACUCACCAUGUACCAUCUGGUGCAGUGGCCCAAGGAGCGCGGCGGCGCCGGCGUCUACCCCGGCCUCGGCAAGUGGUCGAACGUCAAGUCAUGCUUCCCGAUCCACAACGAGGCCGUCAACAAGGCGCUGCUCCGCCACCUGAGCAGCCGUCUGUGGCUCACGACCGAGGAUUUUGACAGCGUCCGUGACCUUUUUGGAUCCAAGGUGGCCUUUUACUUUGCCUUUAUCCAGAACUACCUCACCUUCCUGACAUUCCCCGCCGCGACCGGCGUUGUUGCGUGGCUGUGGUUCCCAAAGUAUUCGCUCCUGUACGCCGUCAUGACGAGCGUCUGGUGCACCGUCUUCCUCGAGUACUGGAAGCUGCAGGAGGUCGACCUCAGCAUCCGCUGGGACGUCCGCGGCAUUCACAAGACGAAAAUCAACAGGCCCGAGUUCAAGUACGACCAGAUCAUCAUCGACGCCAACGGGCAGGAGAUUUACUAUUUUCCCAAGUGGAAGCAGAUUACGAGGCAGCUUCUGCAGAUCCCAUUUAUCGCAGUCGCGACCGUUGCGUUGGGCGCCAUCAUUUGUGUCGUCUUUGGUGUUGAGGUGCUCAUUUCUGAAACAUACACCGGUCCCUAUCAAUUCUACCUGGAAUAUCUACCAACUAUUAUUCUUGCCGUUGCGAUUCCCUACAUCAACUCGUCCCUGGAGGGCGUAGCUGAGGCACUGACUGCCUUUGAAAACCACCGCACAGCCGACGCACAUGAAAUUUCUUACACACAAAAGCUCUUCAUCCUCAGUAUCAUCACCAACUACCUCCCCAUCCUCUUGACCGCUUUCGUGUAUAUCCCAUUCGGGCGCGACAUCAUCCCACACCUCAAGAGCGCCGUGCUCUCCGUACUGCCGGGCCUCGAGAACACCUUCGCAACGCACUCGUUUCAAGCCGACGCGGAUAAGCUCCGCAACGAGGUGAUUGCGCUGACGCUGACGGGCCAGCUGUCGAGCUUCUUCGAAGAGAACAUCCUGCCGUACCUCAAGCACAAGGCGACCGAGUGGUACCGUGUGUACCGCCGAGCGUAUCCCAAGCACGCGAUGCUGCUCACCAUGGUUGAGGACGACGAGGAAGAGACCGACCUCCUGGCUCGCUGUCGGCGGCAAUCAUCCCUCGACACGUACAACGUGCACGACGACAUGGCUGAGCUUGUGCUGCAGUUUGGGUACCUGGCGCUCUUCUCGCCCGUGUGGCCGCUGAUUCCGCUCGGCUUCCUCAUCAACAACUGGAUCGAGCUGCGGUCCGACUUUGCCAAGAUUUGCAUGGAACACCAGCGCCCGCACCCGGUGCGUGCCGACGGCGUCGGGCCCUGGAUUCUCUCGCUCGACAUCCUCACCUGGAUCGGCAGCAUCUCAACCGGCGCGAUUGUGCAUAUCUUCGGCUCUGACGGCAUUAACCGUAACUGGAUGAUGCUGCCAGUCACUAUCUUCAUCAGCGAGCACAUACUGUUGCUGCUGCGCGCCGUGACGCGCUGGGUAUUCGAACGGUUCGGCUCCGAGCAGAUUCGCCGCGAACGCUCGGAACGGUACGCCCGGAGGCUGGCGUACCUCGAGAAGAUUGAGGUCAACAAGCGCGCCGGCCUACACCUCAGCGUGGCGGAGCGCGAGCGCCGUAAGUCGGUUCUUGUGACGGGCGAUGAGAAGUUUUGGACGAAGCAGGUCGAGGAUGGCGCGAGCGCGGAGAUGGGCAUCAAGCUUAUGUCGCUGGCCAACGAGUGGGAGCAGAGUCGAGGCAUGAAGUCAAAGAGCAGCUGA